GGGGUGCCCGGGCUGCAACACCUGGGAGAACCUCACCCCCAGCCCCGUGUACAUAAGGGGAAAUGGGCUGGGGAGGCGACUCGCUCGCAUCCUGGACGUUGCGGUGCGGGAGCGAGAGGGAAGCUGGGCCCCUGGCUUCGGCCCCGCGGCGCUCGGUGGACAGGCCGGGGCCCUGGGUUUGGUGACGUCGGGCCGGUCUCCCCCCCACACCCCCCCCCGCGGAGCCUCCUUUGCUCCCGCCUGCUCUGCAGAUGCGCACCCAGGACAGGCUCGGUCGAGCUUGUCGGGACCUUGGUCCCUUGAAAGGAAAGGGCAUCACUGACUCAACACCUUCCGUGAAGAGUUUGUGCAACUCAAGUGCAAAAUGAGCAGAAAUUGUCAGCAUGCUAGCUGGCAAGUCAUGCCCCCAUGUAGGGUUAUGGGUUGAAUUGGGGGGCGUGGCAUUUCCACGUCCAAAUCUAUGACAGUCCAGGCAAAAUAGCAAAAGCAGAGCCCGGCAAAGGCAGCCCCCCCCCCCCCCGCCCCGUAAUAUUAGUCCAGAGCAUAUAACAUCGAGUCCCUUCUGACUGCUGGGCUGGCUCCCAGACCCUUGACAUUCAGGGACGAACACACCGCUGGUCAUAAAAUUGGUGUUAUUUCCCCCAUGUGAUGGACAAGGAAACCGAGACCCGGAAAUGAUGCUUUUCCCCAAGGCCACCUACUCUGGGUCACACAGAUUUGUCCAACACCCACGCCCGGGCCCUGGCCCGUUUAUCAGCAGGGACUGAGCUGUGGGUUCAACCCACCUCCGCUAACAGCGUGAAGGAACAUCACUGGCCAAGACCAGAAGGACCAAAUAGGUGGGGGAGGCUCAGAAUGGAGCCGUGGAGGUGACAGCGCCAGAGCGAGCCCUCGCCCGGCAGCAAGUCGGAGGGAGUGGGCCAUGGGCUCAGCGGCUGGACGGGUUCUCCUUCCCUCCGCCAGGUGGGCAGCACGCCUGAAGGCCAGAGCCGUGGCCUCUGCCUCUCCCCCAGCGGGCCAGUGACCGGCCUCGGCAGCUGACAUCGCAAGGACGACGUGGGGGCUUGGGCGUGCUCGGGGGGGAGCCUUCCCGGAGACAUGGAGCUUUGGGGUGGAAUGCUGCGGGCCCUCCUGUCUGGCCCCGGGAGGCGGGGAGGCACUUGGGGCCGGGCCUUCAGUUCCUGGCGACCCCACCUGCCUCAGGCUGGGUUGAGUGCCACAGAGCUGGUCAGCCAGUGGACGGCGGUCUUUGAGAAGAGGGGCAUCCCCGAGGCCCGGGAAUCCAGUGAGUACAUCGUGGCUCAUGUCCUUGGAGCCAAAACAUUUCAGAGCCUGAGGCCGGGACUUCGGUCAAAGCCCCUGACCCCCUGGCAGCUACAGUGCGUCCAGGAGCUGAGUAGCCGUAGACUGCAAAGGAUGCCUGUGCAGUACAUCCUUGGCGAGUGGGACUUUCGCGGGCUCAAUCUGAAGAUGGCACCCCCAGUGUUCAUCCCUCGGCCCGAGACAGAGGAGCUGGUCGAGUGGGUGCUGGAGGAGGUGGCCCAGAAGCCCCGUGCGGUGGGAGCCCAAGGCGGCCCCCUCAUCCUGGAGGUGGGCUGUGGGUCGGGAGCCAUCUCCCUCAGCCUGCUGAGCCAGCUGCCCCAGAGCCGAGUCAUCGCUGUGGAUAAGGCAGGAGCCGCCAUAUCUUUGGCCCGAGAGAACGCUCAGAGGCUUCAGCUGCAGGACAGGAUUCGGAUCGCCCCCCUGGAUGUGACCUCAGAGGGCAGCUGGGCACACCUUCUGCCCUGGGGCCCCAUGGACCUGCUCGUCAGCAACCCUCCCUACGUCUUCCACCAGGACAUGGAGCAGCUGGCCCCUGAGAUCCGCAGAAGCCUCUUCUUAGAAGUGGACCCCAGACACCCAGAGCUGGUCAGCGGCUGGCUUCAGCGCCGGCCGGGCCUGUCCCUCGAGCUCGUGGCUGUGCGCAAGGACUUCUGCGGGAGGCCCCGGUUCCUGCAUAUCCGGAGGUCUGGGCCGCACGGUGGCUGCCCUGUGGAUGCCUGGCCAGCGCCCCAGUCUGCCGGAGUGCCCGGAUGACACUUCCUCUGGACUGCUCCUGGGAGGGGUGGGCACCUUCCAGAGCUGGCGCUGGUGCAUUCCCGCGGCUCUGGGUGCCUUGCUCUCCAUUUUAGGAGACUUGGGGCAAAAGGAAGGGAGAGGUGUCCUUCCUGCUUCCCGGGGCAGCAAAGAGCAAGGGCACCCCCAGUCCAGCUCCGGAGCUGAGGGACCCAGGUGCCCAGUCUGGCUCCGUCCCACCGGCAGGGCCAGUGCAGCUGCAUAGCGUCUCUGGUGGGACAGCUCGGGAGUGGGGAGAGCUGGCCAAUAAAGUGUCAAGGGCGGA